AUGGAGGACGAGGAUUUCGAACUAUGCGAACUUGUCGAGGAGAAUGAUGAAGGCGAUUUCAAGGCACCACUCCCAGAUAAUGACGAUGCUGCGAGUGAUGCCAGUAUGGACUCAGAUGAGGGAGAAGACUUCGAAAACGUCCCUCGAAGAUUCCGCACUGAUUCCGAAUCUACGACAGAUACAGUAUCUUCGAGCUACUCAGUAGGAUCGAAUAUUUCUACGGUUUCGCGUUUGUCGAUGCUGUCUUCGGGAUCAACUAUCACCAGUGGUGGAAUUUUCAAAGAAGAUGAAAAGGAACUAGAGCCGAAUCCAGAAGGGCCGAAGAGUGGGCCUGACAUGAGUAAACUCCGAGAUAUCAAACAUAAACAGAAACGAACAGACAUGUAUUUGAAUCUAUUGCGGCAAAAACGAAGGCAAAAAAUGAAAGAACGAAAGCAAAGAAAAUUGGCUCGACUAGAAUCGGGAGAAAAGGCCGAGGAGAAGAAAACGAUCGAAUCGAUGAGAAAGUUUGAUGAAACGACUGUUGAGCCUGAUGAUGCUGAGGUUGAUUGGGAAGAACAAAACGACGAGCUCUCGGAUUAUUUCAAUAACGGCACUGUUCCAAAAAUCCUCAUCAUGACUCGCAACGCGCCAAAAGGACCCAUGGUCAAAAUGUGCCACGAGCUGUUGAAAACCAUCCCCAACUCUCAGUUCUUCUUCCGUCAGGGCUUUGCUCUCAAAAAGAUCAUUCCGCAAGCAAUCAAAAAGGGCUUCACGGCGAUGCUGGUUGUCUCCGCAGAUCGAAAAUGGAUUCCGAAUGAUUUAAAAAUCAUCUAUCUCCCUGGAGGUCCGACGGCGCAUUUUAAAAUGAGCUCGGUGCGGCUUCGUGAAAAGACGAAGGGAGGAGACACGCCGACGUCACAUUUGCCAGAAUUGAUUUUGAACAACUUCAAAACGCGAUUAGGAAGAAGAAUCGGUCGAAUGUUCGCAGCUCUAUUCCCGCAAGUGCCUGAGUUUGAAGGCCGCCAAGUUGUCACAUUCCACAAUCAGCGGGAUUACAUUUUCUUCAGACAGCACAGAUACAUAUUCAGGAGCGAGAAGCGAGCGGGACUGAAAGAGCUUGGACCACGAUUUACUUUAAAGCUGAGAUCGUUACAAAAAGGCACUUUUGACUCAAAAUACGGCGAGUUUGAAUACGAACAUAGAAGAAAAGAGAUGGACACCGAAGGCCAUGGUUACUCAAAGAAAAAGUUUUUCUUGUAA